AUGGAGAUUGUUCGAAAACGUUUAAUUUCCGGCGAAGGUUGUUCAAUUUCCGGUGACUUUCAUCCGCCACCGGUGCAGAUGCCGUUUGCAUCGUUACCGAAUUCUAAUCCAUUUGAUCCAGCUGUCAGUUCCACUGCACCUCCGCCUCCGUCGGAAACCUCUAUGUCAACUCCGCCACCGCCGGAAACCAAUAUGACACCGCCGGAACCUCCGGAAAGCUAUCAAACACCGCCGCCAUCGACGUUGCCUGAUAAUCCAUCGCCGGUUACGGUUACUCCGCAGGCGGUUAUGGUGUCUCCAGGCCCGACGAAUGGUUGA